AUGGUUCAGAUCAAGGUAGCCGCACUGGCGAUGCUUUUCGCUAGCCAGGUACUUUCCGAGCCCAUUGAACCCCGUCAGGCUUCAGUGAGUAUCGAUACCAAAUUCAAGGCUCACGGAAAGAAAUAUCUUGGAAAUAUUGGUGAUCAGUACACCUUGACCAAGAACUCGAAGACUCCGGCAAUUAUCAAGGCCGAUUUUGGCGCGUUGACUCCAGAGAACAGCAUGAAGUGGGAUGCUACUGAACCCAGCCGUGGACAGUUCUCUUUCUCAGGAUCGGACUACCUGGUCAACUUUGCCCAGUCUAACAACAAGCUGAUCCGCGGACAUACUCUCGUGUGGCACUCGCAGCUCCCCUCCUGGGUCCAAUCUAUCACGGACAAGAAUACACUGAUCGAAGUCAUGAAGAAUCACAUCACCACAGUGAUGCAACACUAUAAGGGCAAGAUCUACGCCUGGGACGUUGUCAAUGAAAUUUUCAACGAAGAUGGCUCCCUGCGUGACAGCGUCUUCUACAAGGUCAUCGGCGAGGACUACGUCCGGAUCGCCUUCGAGACUGCUCGGGCUGCAGAUCCCAAUGCAAAGCUCUACAUCAAUGAUUACAACCUGGAUUCCGCCUCCUACCCUAAAUUGACCGGCAUGGUUAGCCAUGUCAAGAAGUGGAUCGCAGCUGGCAUCCCUAUUGAUGGAAUCGGUUCCCAAACCCACUUGAGCGCUGGUGGAGCUCUCAAUGCUCUCGCAGGUGCCGGCACUAAGGAGAUUGCUGUCACCGAGCUUGACAUCGCUGGCGCCAGCUCGACCGACUACGUGGAUGUCGUCGAAGCCUGCCUGAACCAGCCCAAGUGUAUCGGUAUCACCGUUUGGGGAGUUGCUGACCCGGAUUCCUGGCGCUCCAGCUCCACUCCUCUGCUGUUCGACAGCAACUACAACCCGAAGCCUGCAUACACUGCUAUCGCAAAUGCUCUCUAG